AUGGGGGUCUUUGCGGUGCCGCUGAAGGGACUGGCGAAGCAAAGACGCCUUAAAGGCCAGCUGAAGCUUCCCCGACGCGGCGAAGGGGUCAUGGAGUCCAAGCUGGAGCUGUCCUCCGAGUUCGAUGCGGAGGAUCCGGAGUUGCGGGUGGAGGCGGCGAACCAGGUGGGAGCCAUGAACGUCACCAGCACCCUCUGGCCACCACAGCGCCAGCAGGCAGACCCCACGGAGCUGAGCCCGGUACAGCAGGAGACGACCGUGGGCCGCUUCACGGGCUCCGCGCCGGCCUUCGGGGCUUGGCCUUUCUACGAAGCGGACUACGCGCAGUUCCCCGCGGAGCUGCAGCCGCUGUCUGAGAAAGACAAAGAGCUCGAGAUUUACAAGGUCGUGGACUUCGUGUCCUCGAGCGCCCUGACGCGGGCUUUCGCCUUGGCCAGCCGCUGGCAGAAGCAGAAUUUGGGACGCUCAGCCGGCUUUGACCGACUGGGCGCUGGGGUCUUGAGCGGCUUCAAGCACACCAACCCCAUCCUCCUGCGCCAGCUGCAGGGCCUGAACGUCCUCUUGAGCUGGAGGGAAGAGCAAAAAGGCGGCGCCAGCGGUGCGCUUCCCGAUUUGUCGGAAGAGGGCCUCCUGGAGUUCCUGACAGAGGUCGGUGCCUCGGACUUCACGCAGAAGGAGUUCCGCGCCGUGGCACCCGUGGGCCGCGAGGCUCACGUAACCGGCUUGGUUGGGACCACCGGCUCUGCACUGGCCAUCUGGACCAAAGACAGCAGCCUCGACAUCCAGAUCUGUCUAGGGCACGACUGCCUCGACCAGGGCCCUGCGGCGGAGGAGCGGCUCCUGCGGCUGCUGGCUGGCCGAGCACGCGCUUGCUCGCUGCCGCUCCGCUGCCGCAGCCGCUUUACGGAGAAAGGCAAGCUACUGGUUCCCUGCAAAGCCUUGGGCUUCAAGCUGGUGCCUGGCGAGAAACACUUCGCAGAGGAUACCAGUGACCAAGAUGCCUUGAGCAAUCCGGAUUUCACCAAAGCAAAGAUCUUUGAGGCCCUCCCGGAAGCUGUUCCAGGAUUGCGCACAUGGCUGUUGCUCCUUUGUCUCGAGGAGCAGUUGGGACUGGUGAACGAGUGGUGCGACGAGCAGGGUGCGGCCACGUUGGAGGAGGUGAUCGAAAGCCGUGCGGAGUUGGCGGACUUCUUGACCGAGCGCGGAGACCUUACGCCCGGGGAGCGGCAAGCGCUCUUGGAGCGAGACCGCUGA